AACGAUUUUAGCUACCCUAAUCUCUCUUUUGGGUUCGACCGUUGGAAGAGUUUGACAUAUCUUAAUCUUUCAAGUACGGAUUUCAUUUCUUUUUCUUUUGUUUAAAUCUCCAUGCUUCCAAAACUGGUUUCACUUCUUCUAAUGUGACAAAUCUUUAAUCUUGCAGGUUCAACAGACUUCGAUGGCUCUCUCCCGAUUGAUGAGAUCUUCUUGCUACCGAAAUUGGUUUCACUUGAUCUCUCUGAUAAUUAUCUUUUGUUUAUUGACAACAUAAAGUUUCAAAUGCUUGUGCAUAAUUUAACAGAAUUAAGGUUUCUUAUCCUUGAUUCUGUGAAUAUGUCUCUGGUUGUGCCUUCUUCCUUGCUAAACUUGACUUCUUCCUUGGAGCAUUUGAGCCUUAGGUUUCUUAUCCUUGAUUUUGUGAAUAUGUCUCUGGUUGUGCCUUCUUCCUUGCUAAACUUGACUUCUUCCUUGGAGCAUUUGAGCCUUGAAGGUUGUAGUUUGCAAGGAAACUUUCCAAACCAAGUUUUUCAGCUUCCAUCUCUCCAGCUUCUUGAUCUAAGCUACAACUUUGAUUUAGGAGGUAAUUUACCUGAGUCAAACCAGAGUAGUACCUUUGAGUAUUUGUAUCUUGCAGACACAAACUUCUCAGGAGAGUUGCCUCAUUUAAUCAGAAAUCUUAAACUCCUUAAGGAAUUGGAUCUUGAUAGCUGCCAAUUUUAUGGAUCAAUUCCUGGAUCUCUUGCAAAUCUUACAGAGAUAACUCACCUAGAUUUUUCUUCCAACCAUUUGUGGGGGCAAAUACCAGAUGUUUUUGGAAAAAUACACAAGCUAACUGAUUUGAGCUUAGAUGCAAACAAUUUUGGUGGUGAAAUUCCUGCAUCAAUCUUCAACCUCACCCGUCUUACUUUUUUGUCACUAUCAUCAAAUAAGCUAUUAGGUCGUGUACCACCUUGGUUGUUUUCUCUGCCUUCUUUAUACCAUUUAGACCUUUCAAACAAUUGCCUUACCAGACCUAUUGAUCAUGUUGAGAUGCCCAAUCUCAUUUUACAAGAAGUCUAUUUGUCCAAUAAUGAGAUAAGUGGUUCAAUUCCUAGCUCCUUCUUUGAUCUUGUGCAUCUUACUAUAGUCGACCUUUCUUCAAAUAACUUAACUGGCACCAUUACACCCGACAUGCUUUCGAAGCUUGUAGACCUUGAGUAUCUUGAUCUUUCCAAUAAUAGUUUGUUGUCUUUGAGCAAUAAUGGCACUGCUGUCAACUAUUCCUUUCCGAACCUCUUGUCUUUAAAAUUCUCUUCUUGCAACAUACACAAGUUCCCAAGUUUCUUAAGGAAGGCAGAGAGUUUGACAAUAUUUGAUAUUUCCAAGAACAACAUUUUUGGUCAAAUUCACAAAUGGGAAAUAGAAGGGAUGUCAUUGGAUACAUUAGACCUUUCUUAUAACUUCUUGACUGGUAUAGAUUUAUUUGGUUUUGGAAAUCUUAAAUCUGUUGACCUCAGAUCUAACAUACUACAAGGAUCACUUCCCAUUCUCUCAACAACUUGGGAUUCUAUGCAAAAACUCUUCAUGUCAGGGAAUAAUUUGACUAGUGUAAUCCCUUCUUCUUAUUGCAAUUUGAGUUCUCUUGAAGUUCUAGAUUUAGCUAAUAAUUGUUUGGGAGGAAAAAUUCCAGAAUGUCUUGGAAAGUUGAGUGAUCUCUCCAUCUUGGAUUUGCGGAUGAAUAAGUUUCAUGGUAUAAUACCAAAUUCUUUUGUCAAUGGGAGUAGACUGAGAACUCUUAACCUAAAUGGCAACCAGUUGGAAAGGAGACUGCCAUCAUCUUUGGGAAAUUGCAGUGAGUUGGAAGUUCUAGAUGUUGGGUACAACUCCUUGAAUGAUACCUUUCCAUAUUGGUUAGGUGUUCUUCCGUGGCUAAAAGUUCUAAUCCUUCGAUCUAAUCGAUUUCAUGGUGCCAUCAGCAAUUCUAUGCCUGCAUUUUACUUCCCUCAGUUGAGAAUAAUUGAUGUCGCACAUAAUGAUUUUAUGGGUCUCCUACCAAGUAACUAUUUCAAAAUUUUGAAAGGUAUGAGAGAUGUAGCUCCAGCUGAUAAAGCCAAAUUGGAAUACAUUGGUGAUAAUAUGCCAGCUGUUGAACUCAAAGCAAAACACAUUUCUUAUUGGCCGCUAAGAAGGGAUACCUCUCAUCUAAUAAUGAAAGGGUUAGAGGUGGAGCUUGAAAGGAUCUUGACAAUUUUCACAACCAUUGAUUUCUCAAGCAAUCGAUUCCAUGGGGAAAUUCCUAAAGAGCUAGGAGAACUCAAUUUACUUUUAUUGCUAAACUUAUCUCACAAUAGUCUCAGUGGUCAAAUCCCGUCAUCAUUGGGGAAAUUAGCAGAACUCGAGUCAUUAGAUCUCUCAUCAAACAAGCUUGAAGGCAGGAUUCCAGAGCAAUUGACAAAGCUAACGUUCCUAUCAGUUUUGAAUCUUUCACACAAUGAACUUGUGGGCCACAUACCUGAAGGGAAGCAUCUGGAAGCGGACGCAGCCGAGCGAUUUGGAAGAGGAUUAGGAGUGCCAGCCGAUCGACGACCGAGACGGCCUCUGCUCUCUGGAGGCCCAUUCUCUAGCCAUCGCCAACUCUAGAUAGGUAAAUUUCUUUUUGUGUUUUACAUUCUGUUUUCUUGAGAUGGUAACCUCUUGUAUUAACGGAGGAAGCUGUGGUAAUUUUCUGUGUUGAAUAAAUUAAUGAUUUUAAAUGUGCAUGAAUGGUUUGGUCGGAUUUUAUUGUUCUUCCUGUACAUAUGGAAAACAAGAGAUUGUUUUGAAGACGAGGGCCUUAAUUAAACAAUAAACAGGAAAUUAGGAGUAAAUUUCUGUUGGGAUUUUGUUAAAAAAAAUCAAGAAAUUAGCUGUAGCUUUAGCAUAUGUAAGUUCUGAGUUGGAUAUAUUGAAGGAAGGUAAUAGUGGAUCUUAAAUUUCUUGUUCGUGAACUUUUAUUUAAAUUCUGUUUGCUUGUACUGUAUGGAUGGUCAAUCAUAUCAUGUAGACAUCAGUCAGUUUCAUUUUUUUUUUCUUAGAUAAAUUAGAGUUGAAGUUGUUGUUCUAGUGGUAAACUCAUCAUUGGAUACUUUUGCUUACAGAUAGAAGGUGUAUCCCUGCAGGCAUCCUAAAAUUAAGAGUCUGUUAAACAAAUAUAUGACCCAAGACACAUCUCCAGACGAGGCUUUUGUUGUUAUGGCUGGUGUAAGUGCUCGUUUUAUUUUGCUUCUAGAGCCUAAGAGUUGUUGUUGAAACAUGACAAAUAUCUUAUUUCUGAGAUCAGCUGCUAAGAUAAACAAAGUCUAAAGAACAUAAUCUAAGCAUUUAAAAGAAUUGUUUCUGUGGUUCAUUUUUAGUUAUGCUGCUUGUUCUUUUUCCAUUAAAUAAUAGAAACUUUGUGAAGUUAUUCUAAUAUUUGAAUUCAGCUGCUUUCAUUGUUGGACAGUCAAGUCAAACUUACUACUGCACAGUCAAUAUAGGAGAUGAUGCUGUGAUCUUAGCUUUUCAUUGUGUUUUGCAAUAAUGUAAUUUGCAGCUUAUUGCAUAAUAAAUAACACCACAAAUU